AUGCCGUUCGUCCCCUUUGUCGGAGUUAACAACCACCGUUGCACCAUAGUGUUUGGUUGUGCCAUCAUUGCUGACGAGACGGAAGGGACAUACGUGUGGCUGCUGCAGACAUUUAUGAAGGCAAACUGUCAGGUGAAGCCAAAGUCAAUAAUCACAGACGGUGACGCUGCAAUGAUCCGGGCUAUUCGGACUGUCCUUUCAGAUGUUUUCCAUCGUCUUUGCUCCUGGCAUAUCGAGAAAAAUAUGCAGAGGCACCUGCAUUACAAGUCACUGGAUGAGUUCAGAUCGCUCCUGUACUAUGCCACCUCUCAAGCGAACUUUGAGCAGAGAUGGAAAGCUUUCUAUGAUAAGUGGAAGACGGAUAGAACUGAAGAGUGGCUUGACAGGAUGUACAGGAAGAGUAGACUUUGGGCAGCUUCAUAUCUUUCCGAUGGUUUUUUCCUUGGUAUGCGAAGUAACCAGAGGAGUGAAAGCCUCAAUUCCUGCCUUCACCUUCACCUGGACUACGGUAUGACAAUUGUUGAUUUGGUGGUGCAUUAUGAGAACUGUAUAGUUCGCCUGCGUGAGAACGAGGCGUACGAUGACUGCGAGCCAUUCCAGAAGGAACCACCGUCGGUUACUGAAUAUAAGGCCCUUGAGGAGCAUGCCGCCAAAGUAUUCACACCUGCUAAUUUCUACAUCCUGCAAGAUGAUUUGCAUAAGAUGGGUCAGCUGGAGAUAUUUGAGACGCUCGUGGGAAUUGGGCGUCAGACAUUCAUGGUGACAUGGAAGGAUAACCACAAGUUUUCAGGUACAAUGUUGUUUAUGAACCAGGUAACUCAGAAGAAACUAUUACAUGCAGUUGUCUUAGGAUGGUUCGGAAAGGGCUGCCAUGCAAACACAUUCUGUUUGUUCUCCAUCAUCUGA